GCUAUUCGUCAAGGUAAACAACCAAACGAGUGGAUAAAAUUCAGUGGCUGAACGAUAACGAAAUCAAAGAAUCACAAGAAAUCAGACAAAUCGAACGCGCAGUGCUUGAACCAACAUGAAAUUAGAAUACGAUACAAAUCCAUUCAAGCGACCGAUGAAUGCGCUACAAAAGCAAUGGUACCGCGUACUUAUUGCAAGACGUGUUGGCUAUGGGCCACCAAGCUCGUUGAAUAAUGCCAACCAAAUGCAAACAUACCAACAAGUUUGCCAACGGCGUUACGUGGACGCAUUCCGUCGUUACAAUGCACAGUUCCGCAAGGAAAUUCAGCAACAUGAAGCCAUGCAACCGACUGUCAUUGAUCCGAUGCGUGUUCACAGAACCUUUGCCAUAACAACACUUUGGCCACCAUUACACUCAAAACGCGAAAUCAACCUGACGUUGGAACAAUUGGAGAAGGUUUUGAGUGUCAAAGAACGGCGUCGUUUGGAGGAGAUACUCAAGCGCGAAACGAAGCGCAGAUAGAGUGGCGUUGAAGGUGAACUUGAGGCAGGAGAAUGGAUGGUGAACUAAAUACAUACAAGUGCAUACAAUACUUCAUACAGAAGAGCGGAAACAGCAGGGAAGAGAAGCAGAAAUGUAAAAGGGCGUGAUUUACGAGAGCAGGGGAUGGGACGGAAGUGUUUUCUGGCAAUAGAUAUCGCAUUUCAACUGGUUAGAUUGGUCAAGAAUAUAAGUGGAAUUUGUAAUUUUUGCAUGAAA